AUGGCUCACUCAAGUUUUCCUUGGAAUCAGCCUUGUCCUGAGGAGAGACAGGCAUGUACAGAUCAACUUAUCACGGAGGCAUCCCUCGGUCAUCCUCUCCACUCCGCGAUCUGCGCCUGGGACGGAUCCCUGACCUACGCCGAGCUCGAGGAACUUUCUUCUCAACUGGCAUAUCGUUUGGUCACUACCGGACGCACGCCGGGCUACGUCCCCAUCUGUAUCUCACGAUCCAAAUGGGUUAUUGUCGCCAUGCUGGCCGUUCUCAAAGCGGGUGGAACGGCCGUGCCUUUGAGUCCAUCCAUGCCGUCGGGACGGUGUGCGGUCAUCCUCGACCAACUUGAUGCAGGCAUGGCGCUGGUAUCGCAUGAUGUUGCUGAAACCUACCGCAAAUAUAUCGUCAACCUCAUCGUUGUAGAUCGGGAUCAUGUUGGGUCGCCCACCGGCUCAAAGCAAGCCAUCCUGAAAGGAUCCCUUUCCACUCCAACGACCGUGGCCUAUCUUUUGUUCACCUCGGGCUCUACAGGAAUACCAAAGGGCGUCAAGAUUGAGCAUCGCCAGCUCAGUACUAGUGCACUCGCCAGUGGCAAAGCAAUUGGCUUUGACAACCGAUCUCGGACCUUGCACUUUGCUUCAUACACUUUCGAUGCCGCCAUUCUCGAGAUAAUCUGGACGCUGGUCUGGGGAGGCUGUAUCUGCGUGCCCUCCGAGCAGCAGCGUUCCAAUGAUUUGGCUGAAGCCAUAAGCGUUAUGCAAGUCACUCACGCCUUCUUCACCCCUCCUAUGCUUAAGAUGAUCCCAGUUGAGGAGGUUCCCACCCUACACACCGUGAUCUCGGGGGGUGAAACGCCUGAUCCCAUAGAGGUGCGCAGGCUCUGUGACCAGGGGAUGCGGGUUAUACUUGUUUAUGGACCCUGCGAAUGCUCGGUGGUGGCGUCGCUUCUGGAUACAAGCGCAGAGGGGUAUCAGGCGGGGGAUUUGGGCACGCCAGUUGCAUCUCGAUUCUGGCUGGUCGAUCCGAACAAUGUCAAUAAGCUGGUAGCCCCCGGAAAAGUAGGGGAAAUUAUCAUUGAAGGACCAAUUGUCGGACAAGGAUAUCUCCAUGCUCCAGAGCAGGCUCAAAGUAUGGCAGCGUUUCUCACAGAUCAACCGGUAUGGGCUCCCCAGAAUCCCAUUGAAGAAGUCGGUCAUCCUUUCUUUCGCAUGUAUCGCACCGGCGACCUGGCCGAAAGCACCGAGGAUGGUCGCCUGCGCUUUAUGGGAAGAACGGACAAUCAAGUCAAGAUCCGCGGACAGCGUCUGGAGCUUCACGAGGUUGAGCUCCAUCUCGGCAAUUGCCUUACGCACGAGGACGGGGUGCGCCAAGCCAUUGUCGUCAAAGCCUUGCAUGAUACAUUGGUAGCCUUCUUUCUCAUCAAGGAGCAUAAGGCGAUUGGCCAAUUGGUGUGGGAUUGCGCCAACAGUGAUGUUCCAUUGAUAGAGACUUCGCCAGUAGAACAACAACGGUUCGCCGCGUUGGUGUCCAAGGCAGAGUCGCAACUCAAGCAGCUAGUGCCCAGCUACGCCAUUCCGUCCGCGUAUAUCCCCAUGCACAAUAUGCCUCUCACGAUGAAUGGGAAAACCGAUCGUAGACGGUUGCAAGAAAUGAUCUCGGACCUUUCGAUUCAGGACCUGCACGGAUUCCAGUCUGUCCCCUUGCCGGACCAGCGGCCUUCCACUGCGAUGGAGUUGCGCCUCCAGGAGCUCUGGAAAAUUCUCCUGGGGGUUGUCACCGUGGGGGUUCAAGAUCACUUCUUCCGGCUCGGAGGCGACUCGCUCACUGCCAUGAGGCUUGUUGUUGCUGCUCGUCACCAAGGAUUGGCGCUCACGACGGACAGCAUCAUGCAGCACCCUAUCUUGGCCGACAUGGCAUUCGCGACUUCCGUGGUGGGUGAUGCUCCUAAUCUACACGUCCAGCCCUUCUCGCUUCUUCGUCAUGCGAAUGUACACGAAGUCCGACACGAGACCGCAGUCCAAUGCCGUGUCUCGAUUGACGAUAUCGAGGACAUCUACCCGGCCACUCCCCAGCAGAUCUUCUUCAUUGAGGGUGGCGUCGCUUCACAGGCGUUCCAGCGGCAAAGUGUCCAUCUGCUACCCGAAUGUGUUGAUUUGGACCGGCUUCUUCAUGCGUGGACCUUGGUGACGGAGCGUUAUGAAAUUUUGCGCACACGAUUGGUCUAUUCACUGACGCGUGGUCAUGAUGGAUACUUGCAGGCUGUCAUCAAAGAAGGUCUAGCUUUGCGGAGUGGGAACUCGUUACAGCAAGAUAUAGCACGCGACCAGCGGCAGACAAUGGGUUUAGGCGAUGCCUUGUAUCGCAUCGGGAUCAUCGAUGAUGAGAUACUUGGAGCGAAAUACCUCAUUUUGACCGUGCAACAUGCGGUGUAUGAUGCCUAUUCGCUGUUCCAUUUGUUCACUGACCUCGACUACGCGUAUCAAGGAGGUGUUUGGACUGAUGAUCUGGAGAUGAGAUUCAAUCGGUUCAUCAAGUUCGUUGGGGAUAUAGAUCGAGAAUCUGCGAAGAAGUUCUGGACCUCCUAUCUGGCUGACGUGGAGACUAAGCCCUUUGUUUUAGUCAGGAACGGUGAGCCAGUGAUGGCGGACACGUCUCUUAAGCGUCGUAUUGCUCUUGAGGGGUCCCUUAUUAAAGGAGGACGAGCCACUGUGUCGGUCUGUCUAACCUUAGCCCUGGCCAUUACCCUGACGGGCAUGCUGAAGUGCAAGGACAUUAUCCUGGAGGUCUUCGAUAGCGGACGAACGGUAAACCUCCCCGGGGUGGAAGAUCUCGUCGCACCGACUCUCGCGGCAUACCCAUUACGAGUAGACGUCAAGCAAACCGAUAAGGUUGUAGACUUGAUGCGUCGGAUCCAACAAGACUUUGCAAGGACCGCUGUGUUCAGUCAAUUUCAGAUCCAGAAUAUUGGUCAAAUCGAUCAGCGACUACACGAACUAUGCGCUCAUAGUGUCCGCGUCAAUAUUGUCCCUGCCCUGAAGGGGAGAGAGAUGCCUGUGCUGGACCUGCCACUCCUCUGGGGUCAAUCCGCCAUUACUCGGUCUCUGCGGUUGACAUGCAGUCUCACUCCAACUGGGGUGGACCUCGAGGCCGCGUUUGACAGGCGCUUGAUUGAGGUGGGAAUGGCAGAUGAGCUUCUGCGGAAAUGUGAGCUGGCGCUGUAUCAGAUUUGCAGAGCAGAUGAGGACCAGGUAGUCGGCGAAAUUGACCAGGACGGGUUUCAAGACUUGGCCGGCCCAUCAAGCUUGGUGGAUUCAAUUAUUGAGGCAUCGAAUGCUGCCAAGGCGAGAAUGCUACUGUCUAAAUACAGCUCUUUAAGCGAGCAGGAGUACUAA